AUGCGCACAUUGAUAUUAGUGGCGUUGACCGUGGCCGUGGUGCCCUCCAUCGUCGAGGGCCUUCUGAAGCAAGGCGUCGCCGUGAAGGGCAAGCUCGUCUGCGGCCAUCUCCCGUCCACCGACGCCAAGGUGCGCAUCGUCGACCUUGACACCGGCCCCGAUCCGGAUGAUACGCUUGACGAGAAGAUUGUCGAUGCGGAUGGGAGCUUCACGUUGAGUGGCACGACGCACGAGCUGACGCCCAUCGACCCGGAGUUCUACAUCUGGCACAAGUGCAAAGACGAGAAGCCCUGCCACCGGAAGCUCAAGUUCAAGAUCCCGAAGAAGUACAUCCACAACGGCAACGUCACCGCCGACAAAUGGGUCGACAUGGGCGUCCUGAACCUGGAGGGCGUCUUCGACAAGGAGGAGCGCGAGUGCAUCAAA